GGUGUUUUUGUAUGGUGUUAUUUUAGGGCUGGGAGGAUGCUAAGAGACAGGGUGGCAGGUUUGAGAGGGAAUACUGCUGGGAAAACUUCCUGUCUGCAAACACGCUACAGAUGCUUCAGAAUAUGAAGGGUCAGUUUGCGGAGCAUCUUUUGGCAGCUGGCUUUGUGAAUAGUAAGGACCCUAAAGAUUGCAGCUCUAACAUCAACUCAGAGAAUGAGAAGCUGAUUAAGGCAGUGAUAGUAGCAGGACUGUACCCAAAAGUGGCCAAGAUUCGCCCCAGCCAUAGUAAGAAGAGACCGAUGCCGGUGUACACUAAGGCUGAUGGGAAAGUUUGUAUCCACCCUAAAUCUGUCAAUGCGGAGGAAACUCAGUUCCACUACACAUGGCUCAUCUAUCACCUGAAGAUGAAGACCACCAGUAUCUUCCUCUACGACUGCACCGAGGUGUCUCCGUUUUCAUUGCUGUUCUUCGGAGGGGAUAUUUCCAUCCAGAGGGACCAGGACCAAGAGACCAUCGCCGUGGAUGAGUGGAUUGUAUUUCAGUCCCCGGCACGCAUUGCUCACCUAGUCAAGGAGCUGAGGAAGGAGCUGGACGUGUUACUGGAGGAGAAAAUAAAAAGUCCACGUCCUGUGGACUGGAAUGACCGGCAGUCUAAAGAUUGUGCCGUCAUCUCUGCCAUAAUCGACCUCAUCACCACACAGGAAACCCCUGCUGAAGACCCCAGGAGAGGCAGCCAGUGAGCACAACCACCAACAGCUUAUUUAUUUCAAUGACAUUUAGCUGCCACAGAGAAGACUGAUCUGCUCUCACCCACUCUGAUCUUUUUUUUAUCAAUACUUGCAAGUGUUGAAGUAAAUA